AGCCAGAGCCACUAGCUCCCACUUCCCCUCUUAUCUAUAUAACAUCCCAUCUCCUCCACUUCUCUCACAUCCGAAAACCAAUUUCGCAUAUCCUCCUCUCCUCUCCUCUCCAAUAGUAAUAAAAUUUCAUUUCUCAUUUCAGCAGCACCAAAGUGGGUUUUUUCUUUUUCCCUGGUAGCUAUAAAAAUUCUCUAGAGUUCAAGAAUAGGGGUUAAAAACCCAGGGUAGACGAGUUGUAGACAUCACGGCUAUACACGGAGUAACUCGGCCUCUAAUUCAUGUCCGGGCUGUACGACGUAAGGGUUGUUUAAUAGAGAGCAGCAACCCUUCGCCGCACGGUGGACGUGGCGCUCUGCCCUCCGAAGGCGGCAGCCCUUCUGAUCUCCUCUUUCUUGCUGGUGGCGGUUUCUUCUUCUUUUAAGUUAGUUGUAGCUUACUAUUAUUACUAUUAUUAUAUUACCUAUCACAUCUAAAAUAGAAAAUAAAAUCAUUCGAAUUUUGUAAAAUCAAUAAGUAAAGCAUUAGAUCUCGAAUAAACGAACAAGAUGAUGCUAAGGAUCAAAAGGGUUCCUACUGUUCUUUCCAACUACCAGAAAGAGGAAGGUGAGGAGGGUUCUCGCCGCGGAGGGGGUUGCGGCCGCAAUUGCCUUCAAAAUUGUUGCCUUCAAGGCGCACGCCUACCUUUAUAUACUUUCAAGAAAGUGGACAGGAUUAUCACAGAGCAGAAGGAUGUGUUUGAACAUGACAAGAGUGAGCCUCCAGUUGCCUUCCUCAAUUCGCUCCUUCUCGGGGAGUGGGAGGACCGUAUGCAGAGAGGGCUCUUUCGCUAUGAUGUCACCACCUGUGAAACCAAGGUGAUACCGGGUCGCAAUGGUUUUAUCGCUCAGCUAAAUGAAGGCCGUCACUUGAAGAAGAGGCCAACUGAAUUCCGCGUCGAUAAGGUCCUCCAGCCCUUCGAUGGAAACAAAUUUAACUUCACUAAGGUUGGCCAAGAAGAGAUCCUCUUCCAGUUUGGAGAGAGUGAAGAUGGGGAAGUCAAGUUCUUCCCGGAUGCCACUAUUGAUGCUGAGAAUUCUCCAAGCGUGGUUGCCAUCAACGUGAGCCCUAUUGAAUAUGGGCAUGUGCUGUUAAUCCCGCGCGUCCUGGAUUGCUUGCCUCAGAGGAUUGAUCGUGAUAGCUUCUUGCUUGCACUUCACAUGGCAGCUGAAGCUGGGGAUCCAUACUUCCGACUGGGUUACAAUAGCCUGGGUGCUUUUGCAACCAUUAACCAUCUUCACUUUCAGGCUUACUACUUGACUGUGCCUUUUCCGAUUGAGAAGGCAUCCACCAAGAAGAUAACUACGUUGGAUGGUGGUGUGAAAAUCUCUGAGCUUGUGAAUUAUCCUGUCAGAGGUCUCUUCUUUGAGGGUGGAAAUGCCCUGCAAGAUUUAUCUAACACUGUCUCAGAUGCCUGCAUUUGCCUUCAAGAAAACAACAUACCUUACAAUGUGCUCAUUGCUGAUUGUGGAAACCACAUCUUUCUCCUUCCACAGUGUUAUGCUGAGAAGCAAGCUCUAGGGGAAGUGAGUUCGGAGGUUCUUGAUACCCAAGUGAACCCUGCUGUGUGGGAAAUCAGCGGCCAUAUAGUGUUGAAGAGGAAGAAAGACUAUGAGGAGGCAUCGGAAGAGAAUGCAUGGAGGCUUCUUGCUGAGGUGUCUCUUUCCGAAGAGAGAUUCCAAGAAGUGAAUGCUCUCAUCUUUGAAGCUAUUUCCUACAGUGGUAAUUGCAGUGGAACUGAUUCUGAGAACGUGCUUGAAGAUGCAAAUGUUGAACAUCAAUCUCUUGAAGAAGUGAAUGCCAUUAAUGAAAACUCCCAUUCAGCCAUGAUUACUGGGAGUCAUGGAUGUCUAGUUCUGCAGUGAGUAUCGGGCUUUGGUGAGCAGACCAGUGACAUAUCUGGCUCUCAAAUAAGCUUAUGGCAGUUUUGGCAUACAAGUGGUCUUCACUUGUGUGUUUGUGGAUUAUGGCAUUAGUCUAAAUAAGCAAACUAGGUUUUGCAUUUUUAAACUUGGUGUGGAUUGUUGUCUUUAGCAUUUCUGGUUUUGUAUUCAGCCUAUUAACCAUGUAAUGUGGUAUUUGUAUGUACUGCAUGGGAUUUGUGUAAAAUAGUAUGGAAUGUUUGCUCUUUGGAACUCGUGUCUUUUCAUGA